AUGAAAAUAGCUUGCGUUACUUAUGAAAAUGAGAAUUAUGCAUCAUCCAUUAAGAAUGAAGAUGUCGUUCUUGUACAAUAUCUACAAGAAAAAGGUAUUGACAUAAAAAUUGAAGUUUGGACAGAUUCUGAUGUAAAAUGGGAAACAUAUGAUGCGAUUAUAGUGAAAUCACCAUGGGAUUAUCAUUAUAAACUAGAUCAAUUCAAUACAUGGUUAGAAAUGUUAAAAUAUCAAAACAUUCGCAUUUUAAAUCCAUAUGAUAGAAUAAAAUGGAAUAGUGAUAAACAUUAUUUACAACAUAUUGAAAAUGCUGGAUUAAAAAUUAUACCAACAUUUUGGUUGAAAAAAAAUGAAAAACCAGAUUUACUUAAAUAUUUUAAACUUUUAUCUACUGAAAAAAUAGUUAUAAAACCAUCUAUUAGUGCAAGUGCACUUAAUACAUUUGUACAUAAUCAAGAUGAUAUUAUUGAAGCAAUACUAAAAAUUGAACAAUUACUUCAAGAACAAGAUUUUAUUAUACAGCCUUUUAUGAAUCAAAUACAAACAAUUGGUGAAUGGUCAUUUAUAUUUUUUAAUGGAGAAUUUAGUCAUAGUGUAUUAAAAACACCUAAAUCGGGUGAUUUUAGAGUACAAAGCAGUUUUGGAGGAGUAGCACAUUUAAAAUCAGCACCUAAUCAAUUAAUACAAUAUGCUAAAAAAUAUGUAGAAAUAUUCGCAAAAGAUUGUCUUUUUACUCGUGUAGAUGGUUUGGAUAUUGAUGGACAAUUUUUUUUAAUGGAAUUAGAACUUAUUGAACCUUAUCUUUUUUUAUUACACGAUAAAAAUAGUUUUGAGAGAUUUUACAAAGCGUUGAAACAAUUAUUAAAUAUAAACUAA